UCGGUAAAGAAAAAGACAAAGAGAAGAAGUUAGAUGAUGACAGCACUGGUACCACAGUCCCUCAGUCAGCUUUCUUGGGUCCAACAUUAUGGGACAAGACACUGCCAUAUGAUGGAGACACUUUCCAGUUGGAAUACAUGGACCUGGAAGAAUUCCUCUCAGAAAAUGGCAUUCCACCCAGCCCAAACCAGCACGAGCCUAGCCCACACCAGUCAGGUCUCCAGCAAGCUACCUCAGCAUCACCUUCUGUCAUGGACCUCAGCAGCAGGGCUUCUACUUCAGUCCAUCCAGGCAUGGUGUCGCAGAACUGCAUGCAGAGCCCGGUCAGACCAGGUCAGAUCUUGCCAGCAAACCGGAACACACCAAGCCCCAUUGAUCCUGAGACUAUCCAAGUUCCUGUGGGCUACGAGCCUGACCCUGCAGAUCUUGCUCUGUCCAGCAUUCCUGGCCAGGAGAUGUUCGAUCCUCGCAAGCGCAAGUUCUCCGAGGAGGAGCUGAAACCCCAGCCCAUGAUUAAGAAAGCUCGCAAAGUCUUCAUCCCAGAUGACCUGAAGGAUGACAAAUACUGGGCCCGGCGCAGAAAGAACAACAUGGCGGCGAAGCGCUCGCGGGACGCGCGGCGGCUGAAGGAGAACCAGAUCGCCAUCCGCGCCUCCUUCCUGGAGAAGGAGAACUCGGCCCUGCGCCAGGAGGUGGCCGACCUGCGGAAAGAGCUGGGCAAGUGCAAGAACGUCCUGGCCAAGUACGAAGCUCGGCACGGCCCCCUGUAAAUCCCAGGUGGGGGAGGUGGGGUGUUUCGGGGUUUUUUUUUUCCUUUUUUCUUUUCUUUUUUUCUUUUUUUUUUCUUUGUUGCGGGUUGGCAUUUGACUAGAUGGACAAUGUGUUUCCUGUUUGAUAGCACCGCACCCAAACCAACCUUUCUGUCUUCAGCACUUUACCAGAAGCAGAAACAAAACUGACUUAACGUUGGUUUUUUUGUUGUUUUUUUUUUUUUCUUUUUGUUUGCGUGUACGUGUCCCUGCGUGUGUGUGUGUGCACACGUGUGUGCCCAGGUCUGUGUCUGUGGGUGUGCAUGUGCGUGGCUGUGCGUGUGCGUGCGCAUCUCAGCACUUCCCAUUUUUAUCAGCCCUCUUCAAAGGGUGCCACAUUUUUACCUGGACUGUUGAGAACCGCCAUAGUAAGCUUUUUAUUAUAUAUAUAUUUUUUUUUUCCUUCAGUGCUGCUUCAGAGUAGGGGUUUUAUGUUCUCGUAAUCAGUUCCAUCCUCCUGAUUUACUUGGAAAGAUCCCAGCAUAAAUUACAAAAAAAAAAAAGAAAAAAAAAAAGAAAAAAGAAAAAAAAGGUAGAUCUCAGUUUUUUUUCGAGAGUAACAAGCUAUCGUUUUAAGUCUGUCUAAUCAGAAGAGUUAACAUGCUAAUAAAGUGCACAAAUAAUAAUUUAGUACUACACUGCAGAACUAUUAAUUUAUAGAUCGCUUUCGUUGUAUUUUUAAGUUUUGGUAAUAAUUGUCUUCAGAUUUAAAAAGUGCUGUUAGACUGAGUUUAGCUAUACUCAUGAUAGAUCCCAUAAUGGCUUCUCUGUAGCUGCUAAGGUUCCUUUUCUCUCCACGGACCCCAGGUAGGUAGGUAGGAGUUGUUGGUAGAGCACAGAGUGUGUUCCUUGCACUGCCUGUACCUGAAGCAAUAAUCCUGCGUGCAUGCUGCCCGGAUGUUCCCCGUGGACGUGGGGUGGUUCCCUACCCAACAGCAGCCUCCAUGUCUUUAACAAGGAGUUCCCAAAAGUCCCAGACACGUUCCCAUGAGCUGGGACACGUUGCCAGGCUGGUGUGUCCCUGCCGUGGGGGAGCGCACGUGUGAGGAGCAGGAUCGUUGGUUGAAAAUGAGAACAAAAUUCAAUAGCGUCAAAUCAGGUCUGAUGUUGAAAUCAGAGGGGCUUUUCUGUUUUCAGUUAGUUACUCCAUUUUGUGAUUAAAAGUUGAAUAAAUACCUAAAUUCAGUUGGUUUUUUCCCACGUUUUGUAAUAUAUUUUCUGUGGAUUAUAUCUUGCUGUUUAAAAAAAAAAAUCACUUUUAUUCAGUUAGAAGAAGUCACUGGUUUGCAAAGCCCAUUUUUUCUUAGUGAUUGUUGUUUUGAGUGUGACAUGAACUGAUGGUUCUGAACUUCAUUGUUUUAAACUGCUUUUGAACAUGUAUGUUCUAAUAUAAAGUGGACUUCUGAAAAAUGAAUGUAAGAGACACUGGUGUAUUUCAGAGGGGGAUGGUGUUGUCAUAUACUGUGGUUAAUCCGAUCAAUCUAAGUGUUUACUCUAGACCAAAAGGAUAGAUAUUAUAAAAUGUAUAAAGUUUAUACAGAAUAAUUAUAGUAUGUUCGUUUUGUACAGUAUUUUUCAAGUACAAAUACUGACAAUGUAUUUUGAAAGACAUAUAUAUAGCAAAAAGAAAAAGCUAUUCCAUGUUUAAAAUAUAUAGCAAAGAUAUAUAUUCUCCAUUAUUGUAUAGAAAGGAAAUGCUUAGGGGUUUGUUGGUUGUCGUUUUCUUCUUUUUUUUUUAAAUCCAUAAUUUUAAGCCUGGCACACUGGCAUGUUCUGUGCUUUAAAUUAAAUUUUUAUGGAAGUAAUAUGGCUUUCCAGGAUUUUCCAUAUUACUGAAAAAGAGAGACUUUUUUUUAUUUUUCAUCAGAAACACAUAAAUUAACUGUUUAACAAGGACAAAGCACAACAUGGAUUUUAGUCAACUAUUGAUUGGACAUUACAACAUUUUGUAAUGGCAGAAAAAUAAUAUAUAACACAAAACCACUCAUCGUAAUUUCCAGUCUGCUGCUGCUGCUAGAAUCUGUUUCCAGCUGAAUUUUUUUGUUAUAAACAGCUCAGAUCCUGUACACAGCUCUGUGUACUGCAUACAGUUAGUAACGUGAGGAAAAUAUGGUGCUACGUUUUGCUCUCAGUUUUCUAAGCGUUCUGACUUUAUUUUCAAACACAAACGUUGUUCAUUCCAUUAAAUCAUUAUUCAUGCUUCAGGAGGAGAUGGCUGCAGAGAGCUCAGCAUUUUGGUCAGCAUUACAGCACCCUUGCAUGGAUGGCAUUUCUCCAGUAUUUUUCCACAAACAUACCUGGCUUGUUGGUGUCCUGUAAGGUGCAGUGCUUGCCCAUUAGUGCAGCAAAUCGAGUUUCCGUGUGCUGCAGAAGGUCUGAAAGGCAGUGAGUGAUCCCCUGAGGGUCAGCAGGAGGCACUGAAGGGUCAGGAGGGUCUGGCACAGGUGGGUCUCUGCUGCAGCCCCUUGGGAAUGGCCCUGGUGUUCCCUCUGGAAAGGGAAGGUGAGCACACAGCAAACUGCAGCAGGCUCCAGUCACCCCCACAAAGGGGAAUUCUGCCCCAAGAGCAGGGCGAGGUCACUGGUGCCACUGCUAGGGCGGGUUGUGACCACAAAACUUUGUGUAACGAGCAAAAGGCAGCUUGGGAAAGGAAAAAGAGAAUUCUUUUGUUUCUUAGGGCAGGGAAGGGGUGGGAAGCGGUUGAAGGCUGGAUGUCAGGUUUAUUGAGGCACGAGGUUCCUGGCUCUGCCUUGCCCAGCUGUCCCAGAGCCACCUUGGUGCCUCCUCACUGUCCCAUCCCAGCCCUGCAGUGUCACAGCUGCCACAGCCUCUCCUCUGGGAUGGGGAAUUUCUGAGGAGCCCGUGGGGCUUGGGCUCUCCCCAGUUCCCGUGGGACUUGGGCACUCUGGCUACUCUGAAAAGCUCACCUGGGAAAAAAAUUAAAAAAAAAAAGGCAGAAUGUGUGGGCUUAAAAUUUGGAAAAUCCCCAAGUUCACUAUCCGGGUUGUCUCCCUGAAAUAACAAUGAAAAUAAGUAAGGGGAAGUUCAGCUCAUUUUUCAGUCCCCAAGGACAGCUCAGCUGGGCUCAUCACACCUCUGAUGGCUUCGUUGCUCAUGAAGGAGCUUUUAGGUAUAAGAAAUUGUAAUUUUAUAAAAAUAGAAAUAUAUAUAUUUGCAGAAUAAUUAAUAGCUUAUCUAAAUAAUUCACUGACCUCUAUUACACUAUAAGCAUUGGUAAAAUGCUUGUCUUCUCUUUCAUUUUUUGCUGAACCUUAGAAGUGGAUUUUUUCUUUUUACAAAAGAAUGCCCUCUAGAAAUCAGUGGGACUGAGAUGGAUUUGUGCAUCCGAGCACCUUGGGGCUCUCUGUGGAAAGCCCGUGGCAGAGGAGGGGGGGUGAAGUCACUAAACCAAGCACCAUGGAAAUAAUUUCUGACUUGAAUCCACAAAAGCAAGAAAUUCAGAAUGCAGGGGAGGAGCCGGAGCAAGCACCAGGGAUGGGAUCAGUUCAGACCCCUCUCAUUUGAAUAUCUUGCCUCUGUGGGUUUGUAAUACCCCCAAUUAUUGCUUUAAAAUUAUUUUUGCAGGUAAUUUUACAAUAGAGAUGUGCAGUUUAUUUUUAUUUUGUUGACUUUUUUAUGUGAAGAAAAGAAAAUUAUAUUAAAACUUAUAUGUGAUCAACCAUCGUAUUUCUGGCAACACCACAAGACAGAAUUAAAUACAAGUUUAACAAAUAGAUCAAAUUAUCUGUAUGACAAGAAAUGGUUUGCAUCCUGUAUGCUGUUCAGCCCAAAUCUUUUUUUUUUUUGUCUGUUAUUCUUAAUGUUUAAUAAACUUUUAAAUUUUUCUUCUCUCA